AAAAUAUGCUGUGUGAGAUGUUGUGUUACAUUCUUCUAAAAGUUUAAUAAGUUAAUUGUGUGAUAAGUCAGUUAUUUUCAUAAUAUUUCCUACUAUCAGUUGGUGAGGUAGUACAGUAUUCUUUAACUGAAGUGCUAUAGUUUCUUCAUUGUUCUUUUCAAUUGUGAAGUACUUAUUGGUUUAGAUAUAGCAAAAAUGCAUUGGAAAAGACCUGAAAUAGUGCCAUUUCCUAGUGUUUGGCUGACAUUUGAAGCAAAAGAUCCUGAUUCUGGAAAGAUUGUUAAGUAUAAGAUCCAAGAUUUACCUGAGAAUCGCUACCAAGAAGCCCUACACCUCAUGCGUACAAUUUUCAUUCGAGAUGAAGUUAUAUGUAAAGCUUUAGAUCGUGCCAAUGACGAAGUAGUUGAAGGAAAAUCAGCAGAUUUUUGGGAGUACGUUUUAGCUCAAAAAAUAACUUUGGUGUGUUUUAAAGAUGGUUCUGAUGAAAUUUGUGGUGUUAACUUCUUAGAAGUGCAUGAGAAAAAUGUAGAAGAUGAUGUAAAAGAAAUUACCAAUAAGAAGGUACAAAACAUUAGGAAAACUUUUGAGUUCAUCGAAAGUAAAGCUGAUCCUUUUGGUCGUUAUGAAGUGGAUAAAUAUCUGAAUGCACGAGGUCUUCUUGUUCUACCAAAAUAUCGUGGAAUUGGACUGUCAACGGAAAUUCUUAAAGCCAGAGUUCCUGUAUGUAGAGCUUUAGGACUGAAACUAACCGCCUCGACUUUUACCGGAAUUGCAGCACAAAAAGCAGCCGCAAAAGCUGGAUUUGUAGAAGAUUAUUCUGUGCUCUAUGAUGAUCUAGCAAAGUAUGAACCUUUUGUUGUUUUCCCCAAUAUUACUGCCCCAUCAGCAAAAUUUAUGAGUCUACGCAUUAUGGACUAAAACUUCCUUUUCGUUUUGGUAAAAACAAACCUAUUUAAUGCUGCGCAUUAAAUUGAAACAAUUUAACAAUUAGUUUUAUAACUCAUUAACACUCCACAUUUUUUGCGUUUGGUGUCGGUCGUGUAGUUUAUCUGUAAGUGUUGUAUAAUUUCAUGGAUUCUCACUACAUGGAUACUAUCUGUCUUUAUAACAGAGGUUCUUAAGUUUGCAUGCUAGAGCCGGGUUGUUUGAGUAUAAUUGGAUUUGACUUUGAAGGGGGCGUGACCUAUUUCUUCUGACCUUGGCAUUGUAAUUGUUCGCGUCUCGGAAAACAAUCUUACAAAAGUUUUUCUUAAAAAUAAAGAAAAUUUAAUCAC